AUGGCGCCGCACCCCGCCGUCGUCGCCGCGCAGAAAGCAGCAUUAGACAAGGCCAAGGGCAAGACCGCCGCGGACAACCGCCAGGAAAUAAAAGACCAGGCGUCGGCGGCGCUCGCGAGGCUCGGCCUCUCCACGCCCUCGCCCCGAAAUAGUGGCUACGACGGCUCCUUGAACGAGCCCGGCGCGACGCCGCCGUCUUCAUCUAUCACGGAAAGAAUAGCGAGGCUCAGGAGAUCUCUCUCCGACGAAAAAGUAAAAAAUCAAAGCUCUACAUUCCAAAGGGUCAAGGACCGCGUGCAGGAGGGCUAUGCCGAUUUGAGUGAUGGCUACGGUAACUUGAGAGGAGACAAAGUUAGAUCUAGUGCGGAGCAGGCCGAGUUCGAGCUGGACCGAGCCAACCAGAGGAGGAUGCGGCGCGCGGACCGGCGGCAGAAGCGACAGGAGGACGAGGAGGCCAAGGACCAGGUCAAGUCCGUACCAACUUCCGGAUACGUGUUGCAUGGAGACGUGCCGUCGCCUCCGACCAAAUUAGGCCAGGCUCGCGAAAAGUUGUUGAGGACGGGUUCGUUGUUCGCCUCGACUGUCACUAAAGCUGCGAAAGCGCUCGAGGCCAAGGUGAAGAAGCGGAGUCCCUCAUCCAAGAUCGAUCAAAGAGCUUGUAGUGGGGGUGGUCGCGUCGCGGCCUCUUCCUACGUCCAGCGCGCCCACUUGCAGUACGACACGUUGACACCGGAGGCCGUGACGGGGCGCUUGCAGGCUCAGAACACGUUGCGGGGCGACGGCGGGCUCUGGGCCUUGAAAGCGAGGUACGUAGCUGCUACAAAAGCAGUGCCCGGGCAGUUACGAGCAGCAAGGGACGCCGAGGACCACGCGGCGCGGUUGGCCGACACGCUGGCCCAGGCGAACGAACGAUUUGAAGCUUUGAAGACCCAGGAGAAUUUGCUGCGGGCGUUGGUCGAGGAGGCGCGACGAUUAGCUACGGCGGAGAAGCCGGCAAAUGGUCUAUUAGCCGCGUUCCCCGCGGGCGCGCCGCCGCCCGCGGCACUCGGCUCGCCGGCGUCGUCGCGGUCGCCGGCGUCGGUGGGGUCGCCCGCGGCGCCGCGCUCGCGCGCGUCGUCGGCAGCGUCCGAGGCGGCCGCCGAGCCGACAGUCGCAGCGCCAGCACCGGCUGCCGUGGAGGAGCCGCCGCCCGCGCCAGAGCCUGCCGCGGCGGAACCGCUACCACCUCCUGCGCCGGAGCCCGCCGCAGACGGAGCUAUGCCGUCGUGGAUGGCGCCGGACCCCACCGCGGAGGAGACGCCUGUGGUGGAGCCCGCGGAAGCCGCCGACGACGCGGCCCCAGUCACUCCGGACGAGGAGGACUCGCCCGCCUUCACGGACGAUGAUGAAGAUAAGUAG